AUGUUGCCUCAGCAAUCAAGGUUACAAUUAGUUGGAUUUGAUGAUGGACGUGCUAACAAAGGUGGAUUUAGAGUUGCUUCCCAUAGCAGCAUGCGUAAUAAUAUUAAACCCCAUCAUAUUUUUGGAAAUUGGAAUAGAUACUUCAAACUUCCUUAUAUUUGCUUUUUAGAAGUUAGCUUGUUUUGCAGUUACUUCCUUUUCACUCUGUUUCAUCAAAAAGGUGCUGUUGCAUUUACUCUUGAUUUUUCAAAAUCUCUUUCAUCAUUCUUUUUAAAAGAUAUUCGAAUUCACAACCCGCCAGCAGGAAUUACAGUUGGUGUUGGCCAAAUUUAUUAUCACAAAGACUUAUCUGCUGUUAUAAAUACAAGUUUACAGAGAUUUUUCGAAUUUCCUGUAUCAUUUCCAUGUGCAUAUCCAAUUAUUGUUAAUGACAAUGGCAAUGUCAAGAUAGAACUUAAAAAUGGUACUGAAAUCGACUUAGAAUUUAAUGAAAACAACAUUGAACAAACAUCAAACAUAAUUAAGCGUUAUUUUCAAUACUUUAAUAAGAUUACAGAGUCUUGUAUCUAUCACGUACAAGUUGCUCAUCAAGUUCAAGAUACAAGAAUGAAUCUUGAAGUUUUUGUUGAAUUCACACAUGAUUACGACACAGAUACGAUAUUUAUGGACUUAUCACAUACCAGAUUUCAAGAAAAAUUCGAUCUUACGUCACAAAAUUCAAUUCUUUCAACAUUUGAUUUUUCAAUUCCAAUUUUCAUCGGAAUUCUCAACAUUUGUGCACUAAUUAUCAUGGGAAAUCAAACAUACAACCUUUACAGAUACUGCUAUGCCAAAGCAACUGAUUCUGGACAGCGACCAUUUGAUGUUUUUUGGAAAAAGUUCGAUAAAUGGGAUUUAUUUGCUUUGUUGACUCAUAUUGUAUCCAUUGCUGCAAGUAUUAUGUAUAUUUUGGUUGGCCAAGACAUAGAAGAAACUAUUCCUCCAAUAGUUUAUUUAAUGGCUGCUUCUUCUUUCUUGCAUUCGAUGUUGUUGGUCAGAUAUCUCAAAUUGAAGCCAUCAGCAUUUCUAAUUUUGAUGGUUUUCUACAAUUCGGCCAUUAAAAUCCUUCAAUUCCUUGUUGGAUGUUUAACUGUUUUCAUUGGUUUCCUUUGCUUUACUAAUUGUAUUUUUGGUCAUUUGAGUGAGAAUUUUGCUACUGCUAUGCAAGGAUCAGCAUUUCUCUUCUGUACAAUGCAUGGUGAUUCAUUAAAAGACUUCUAUGAUACAAUGGUGUUGCAAUAUGAUAUUAAUUACUAUUUCGGAUUCUUCACUGCAACAUUUUGGAUCUUGUUCGCACUUUCUAUUUUGUAUAACAUCACUAUUUCAAUCGUUCAGGAAAUGAUGUCAAUUGAAGAAUACAAGCUCGCUCACAAAGACGACGAACAGACUAUGCCUGCAUUCAACAUCAUUUUCAAUGAUCUCGCACUGCUUUCUGCAAAGCAUUCAUUAUAA